AUGGCAUCAGAUUUUGAAGAUCCUUUGUUUUUCAAUGAAGCAAUUAAUAGUCCAGAGGUAUUGAAAGGGAAAGAAGCCAUGGAAAGUGAAUUAGAUUCAAUGGAAAACAAUCAGGUGUGGGAUUUAGUAGAGCUGCCAGAAGGAGUGAAGCCAAUAGGGUGUAAAUGGGUGUUCAAAACCAAGAAAGACUCAAUGGGCAACAUAGAAAGAUUCAAGGCCAGAUUAGUUGCAAAAGGUUUUACUCAAAAAGAAGGAAUAGAUUAUAGUGAAACUUUUUCCCCAGUUUCAACUAAAGAUGCUUUUCGGAUUAUCAUGGCUCUUACUGCACAAUAUGACCUGUUUUUACAUCAAAUGGAUGUAAAGACAGCCUUUUUAAAUGGGAGACUGGAUGAAGAAAUAUAUAUGGUGCAACCUGAGGGUUUUAUAAAGGAAGGAGAAGAGCAUUUGGUCUGCAAACUCAAGAAGUCCAUUUAUGGACUGAAGCAGGCAUCAAGGCAAUGGUACUUGAGGUUUGAUGAAGUUGUAAGCUCACAAGGCUUCACAGAGAAUCCAGUGGAUGAGUGUAUUUAUCUAAAAUUUAGUGGGAGCAAUUUCAUCUUCUUAGUACUCUAUGUCGAUGAUAUUUUACUGGCCACUAACAAUUUGUCUAUGCUUGCUGCAAAGUUUUUUCUGUCAUCACAUUUCGAGAUGAAAGAUAUGGGGGAGGCGUCUUAUGUGCUAGGAGUAGAGAUACACAGAGACAGAAGUCGUGGUAUGCUUGGUUUAUCACAGAAGGGAUACAUAGAAAGAGUGCUUAAAAGAUUUAACAUGUUAUCUUGUGCAUCUGGAGAAGUUCCUAUUACAAAAGGAGACAAACUAAGUAGAGCUCAAAGUCCUCAAAAUGAGUUGGAGAAAGAAGAGAUGAAGAACAGACCCUAUGCAUCUUUAGUGGGCAGCUUAAUGUAUGCUCAAGUAUGCACAAGACCAGACAUUGCCUUUGCAAUUAGUGUGUUAGGCAGAUUUCAAGCAAAUCCAGGGAAUGCACAUUGGAUAGCGGCCAAGAAAGUCAUGAGAUAUUUGCAAAGGACAAAGAGUUUUAUGCUGGUUUAUCAGAGACAAGAAAGCUUGGAGUUAGUAGGAUAUUGUGAUUCUGAUUUUGCAGGUUGUCCAGAUGAUUUAAAGUCUACAUCAGCAUUUGUUUUCUUGCUAGCAGGAGGAGCUGUUUCAUGGAAAAGUUCGAAGCAAAGCACCGUGGCUGCUUCAACGAUGCAGGCUGAGUUUGUUGCUUGUUAUGAGGCCACCAUCCAAGCAUCUUGGUUGAAGAAUUUUAUAACAGGUUUGCGUGUGGUGGAUUCGAUUGCCAGACCUGUGCAAAUUUUCUGUGAUAAUAGUGCAACAGUAUUUUAUUCCAGAAACAACAAGAGGUCAGCGGGUACAAAACAUCUUGAAAUAAAGUUUCUGUUAGUGAGAGAGAAGAUUAAGCAAGGCCAGACUCGGAUUGAUCACAUAAGCACACAUGAUAUGAUUGCUGACCCUUUGAAUAAAGCAAUUCCCAACAGUAUAUUCAAGAGACAUGUGACUAGCAUGGGGAUUUUGGCUAGUUUCGAUGAUGCAGAAUAG